UGCGCUUUGCAGCAAAGUCCUCUUUUACUCCACACACGCUUCUAAGCCUCGGCACAUCUCCUCACAUCGCUACUAACUACACUUUAUUCAUCCUCCGUGUCAGGAUAAACUCCACUCGUCUCAGUCAACUUUGGACAUUAUUAGGCCCGCUUAGCUUGCUACUUGUUUUAGCGCGCUAGUUAGCUUAGCAUGCUAGUUAGCUUAGCUUGUUAGCUGCUAACCAAGAGACGCGGAUUUGAUCAACACAUCGCUUAGUUAAGAUCAAGUGUGAGUGUAAAGUGUUGUGAUCGUGUGAAAAUGUGCGAAAGAACGAUGGCAGAGUACAAAGAGGAACUUUCUCGAACAAAAGAAGAGAAUAAGAGACUACUUCAACUACUGGACGCUGUUUUCAAGAAACCUCAAGUUGUGUUACACAGAACAGACGUCUGUGAAAAAUAUCGUCCACCUGAGCAGCAGGAGGGGUCCUCCAGUGUGGAGCAGAAGAGGUCACAGCACUUCCACGUGAAAGAAGAGGAGCCACAGCCCCCCUACAUUAAAGAUGAAGAAAAACAGCGGCUGUCCCACCACUUCAUAGAGGAAGACAAGAGACACCUCAUCAGUGUGAAGAGUGAAGAUGAUGAGGUCAAAGUUGAAAGUGAGGAGCCUCCAAGCAGCAGCUCAACUCAACACAUGACAACAGAAGCUGAUGGAGACCACUGUGGAGGAUCACAAGCAGACAAGCUCUUAGCUCCACUAUCAGAUAGUGAGGACACAACAUCACACUCUCCUGACACUGAUGAUGAAGACUCUAAAGAUGAUAAGACAUGUCACACUGACAACACACACCUUACAUGUUCUCACUGCGACAAAACUUUUAAAUACCAUUGUCGUCUAAAAAGACACAUGAGAACACACACUGGAGAAAAACCUUUUCCCUGCUUAGAAUGUGGUAAAAGUUUUGCACAAAGUCACAAUUUAAAAGAACACAUGAGAAUACACACUGGAGAAAAACCUUUUCCCUGCUUAGAAUGUGGUAAAAGUUUUGCACAAAGUCGCAAUUUAAAAGAACACAUGAGAAUACACACUGGAGAAAAACCUUUUCCCUGCUUAGAAUGUGGUAAAAGUUUUGCACUAAGUCGCAAUUUAAAAGAACACAUGAGAACACACACUGGUGAAAAACCAUACUCCUGUUCAAGUUGCAACAAAGGCUUCCGUUACCUAAACAGUCUUACAGGACACAUGAGAACACACACAGGAGAGAAAGUGUUGAGUUGCAGUGUGUGUGGUGAAAGAUUCUCCUAUAAGUACCAGUGUAAGAAACACAAGUGUGCUGGUGAGAACAGCAGCAGCAAAUGAAGAUGCAGGAUUUGAAAUAAACUUUCUAACAACAUCAGCACAUAUAACAUGUGUGACAUCAUUGUUGUGUGUGUAACACAA